AUGUUUUAUACAUUCAAGAAACUGAUGGUCUUAACGGACGGAAAUAGAUAUCCUGGUGCUGGCUUUCACAGAUGGAACACUCACCAAGGAAAUACUCACUGGCCACCUGGAAUGAAACGUGUCCGUCGUGACAAAACUCAUGAAAUAGAUUUUCUCUUCGGUUAUGAUGAUAGCGAUAAUCGAAUCAGAAAUAACAAUAGCGACGGUGGAGAUGAUGGUGAGGAAGAUGAAGAAGAUGAUGAUGGUGAUGAAGAUGAUGAUGAUGGUGUUGAAGAUGAAGAAGAUGAUGAUGGGGAUGAAGAUGAUGGUAAUAAUAACAUUGCUGAUGAUAGCAAAGAUGAAGAUAAAAAUGAUGAUGAAUGGAAGGAAGAUGAUGAUGAAGAUGAGGAAGAAGAUCGCGAUGACAGCAACUUUGUCGAUAGAGAUUGCAACGAGAAUGACGAUGACGAUGAUGAUGUUUCUUCAGGGAUCAUUUUGACGCUGGCAGUUAAGCUGGCACUCUAG